AAAACGUUGUAAAUGUGGAUAUUAGUUUGUGUUUUAUAUCUGACGUGUAAUUACGUUAUUUGUGUUAACUUCAUGUAUUAGAAAUACACUGCUGCAUUUAAUGAAAGACUUCCCAUUGGACACCCAGAAACCAUAUGGUACCAAUGUGCCAGCCAAUUCCACACAAAUAACAAGAGAUCUACUUGGCAUGACGUUUGGAGUGCACUGACUCAAACAUUUGAGAAGCACAAACUAGUCCACAUGUUUACAAGCAAAUGGUGAUUGAUGUGACAGUUUGGGAUAUACGAGGCGUAAUGGGUCCAUCAGAAGAUAGUGUUCACAGGAUACAUGAAGAUAAUGAAGUUGAAAACGACACACUAUCAACAGAUUGUUCUGUGAACUGCGUUCUCACACUUGACCCCAAAUAUUCAGAUAUUAUUUCCGAUAAUUUUUUUGAAUCCUCAUCUCUUGAGAAUGCCAAAGAAGUCAGCAUUAUUGAUACAGAACUUGAAGAGCUGCCUGCAUGUUUUACAGUACAUCUUGUGAAUGUGACUGCUCUCAAAUUGAAGAGGAAUAAAUUCAAGAAAUUUCCUCAAAACCUAGGCAAAUUAGUCAGAGUUGAAAACUUGGAUGUAUCACAUAAUUGCAUAGAAAAGCUACCACAUGAUCUGGACGUUGUCCCAUCUCUCAAGUGCCUUAAUGUAGCUUCAAACAGUAUUAAAUUUAUUCCUUCUAGCGUAUGCCGACUGCAAUAUCUUCAAAGUUUAAAUAUAUCUAUGAAUGGCUUGAAAUCUCUUCCAGAUAAUAUAGGGCUGCUAAAGAGUCUUAUAUAUCUAAAUGUGUCAGGGAACUGCUUGGAGACUUUACCGGAAUCUCUGUGUAAACUUGUGAAGUUAGAUGACCUAAAUGUAUCAAGAAACAGAUUAAAAACCAUUCCAGAUAGCCUUUCGCAAAUUAUGAGUUUGAGAUCAUUGAAUGUUUCAGGCAAUAACAUAACAGAGUUACCCACGUGUAUCACCACUGGACUACCACAACUUUCGUAUUUAGAUGUAUCUCACAAUGAACUGAUCGUAUUGGACCGUCCACCUCGCUGUGCACAUUCACUCAUUUCUUUUAAUUGUAGCCACAAUAAUUUGCAAGAAACUCCUCGCUGGGUAUUUGAAGACAGUUGCAGAAAGUUACAAAGUGUUGAUCUCAGUUUUAAUUAUGAAAUGAGAGGCAUGGCAAGCCAGCCAGUCAGUGCUCUCCAUGGAAGUUGUCCUAUAGCAUGUCUCAACUUGUCAAACUGCUGCCUAAAACUCAACACAGUUUCCAUGUUGUUUGGUUUGGGCAGUUUGGAUGCAUUGCACAUGGGCAAUCAGAGAGAUGCAUCUAAAAGGCAUGUUCUAUACAACAUGUUCCUGGUGCUCCCUAUCAAUGUAUUGAGCACAUGUUCUUCACUGCGGGAGCUUCAUCUUCCGGAUGUUGGGUUGACAGACCUACCCAACACUAUUGAACAGUUAGCAACCCAUCUUGAGGUGCUGGAUGUAUCAUACAAUGAGUUACACUGGCUACCAGAGACUUUUUGCCAACUGAAGCAUUUGACACGUUGUCGGCUGUCACAUAAUCGUUUAGCGUUGCUUCCAUCUGAAAUAGGUCAACUGACUCAGCUGAUUCAUCUAGAAAUCAACUCAAAUAUGUUGGAAUCGUUGCCUGACAGCAUGGAACUACUGGCUAGCUUAAUGCUCCUGGAUCUGUAUGAUAAUCAGCUCGAGUGCUUUCCAAAUUUAUUGAUGAAAUUGCCAGCCUUAGAAGCCCUUGAUGUAGAUAACAACUGUUUCAGUGCUCAGAGCAGUUUUGAGAAGGUGACUGGUGAAGCAAGUGCUAAAUAUGAACAAAUGAAAACCAGGUUAAGGAAUAAAAUUCAUUCCGUAGAGCGGAUAGAUGUUUGUAAACCUCCUCCAGAUUUGUUUGACCAUUGUGAAUAUGAGUCAUCCUGCAGUGAAUUAAAUACGAGUAUUGAGCUAGAUGAUGAUGCUUGUGAAUCAACUGACAGAAACAGCUUUUCAGCAAAAGAUACCCCAACUAAUGGCCCUAGUUUUCCAUGUGCAGAUUUAAACAGUGACUGUUUAAAAUAUGAGGAGGAAGAGGAGUGGGAUUCAAUUGAUGAUCCUGAUGGUUAUUUUGAUCCACAUGCGAUCACUCCAAGCGUACCACCACCCCCGCAGCCUGUGCUUCACAUGAAAGAAGUAUUUAGCAACCAGCUUGAUAAUUUCUGUCCGAAAGACCUUCAUCCUCCUACAAUAGGAAAACGAAGACCUUUGCAUGGUGUAACUGCAGAAACAGGACAGUUUGAUGAUGCUGACUAAUAUUUGGGAAGUUCAGCUUUUCGUAAAUGUGCAGAACGUCUAGUUGUUUCAACCCCGAUUUGAAAGCGUCAUCUUAAAUUUAAAAAAUGACUGAUGUUUUUACUUCUGUCCACCCAUUUUAAAGUUGCAGUAAUUUAUCGUGCAGUUCAGUUAUGGAUUACUUUGUGAAGAGUAUGACAUUAUGUUCAGUAUGUUUAUUUAGAACCCAUUAACUUUGUGGAAUUAUAUCAAGAAAAAUGUGGUAAAGCUGUGCUGUUACCGCAGAGAAAAUGGUGUGCAUGCAGUUUGCAUGUUAAUUUUAACAUAUCACAUUUUCUAGUCACUGUAUGUGUUUAUUACCUACAUCAUUAUUUAAAUGUUGAGUUUGUUAUUGUACAAAAUAUUUGUUUUUCAUGAAGUGUUCUUACACAUCUCUGAUGAAUUGCUCAUUAUAGUCAUUUAGCAUAUGUGUUUCU